AGCCGGCUUGUGUCCGAGCGUUGCCAUGGCUCUGCGGCCCGAUGGCCUGGACGAACUGCCCGCAGCCUGCCUGUCACCGUGCGGGCCGCCCAACCCGGGCGAGCUGUACAGCGAGGAGCGGCGCUUGGCGCUCGAGGAGCUGGUGGCGGGUGGCCCCGACGCUUUCGCGGCCUUCCUGCGACGCGAGCGCCUCGGCCGCUUCCUAAACCCCGAAGAGGUGCGCGCCAUCCUAGGCGCGGUCGAGCGGCCCGGCGAGGAGGGCGCGGCAGCGGGGGCCGAGGACUCCUUCGGCUCGUCGCACGACUGCUCCUCCGGCACCUACUUCCCCGAGCAGUCGGACCUGGAGCCGCCGCUGCUGGAGCUCGGCUGGCCCUCCUUCUAUAAGGGCGCCUACCGCGGGGCCACGCGCGUCGAGGCGCACUUCCAGCCCCGCGGCACGGGCGCCCGCGGCCCCUAUGGCUGCAAGGACGCGCUGCGCCAGCAGCUCCGCUCGGCGCGAGAGGUGAUUGCAGUGGUUAUGGAUGUUUUCACGGACAUCGACAUCUUCCGAGACCUGCAGGAAAUCUGUCGGAAACAGGGAGUUGCUGUCUACAUCCUUCUGGACCAGGCCCUGCUCUCUCAGUUUUUGGAUAUGUGCAUGGAUAUGAAAGUUCAUCCUGAAGAGGAAAAGCUGAUGACAGUUCGGACGAUUACAGGAAACAUUUACUAUGCAAGGUCAGGAACUAAAAUUGUCGGGAAGGUUCAUGAGAAGUUCACACUGAUUGAUGGCGUUCGUGUGGCUACAGGCUCCUACAGUUUUACGUGGAUGGAUGGCAAAUUAAACAGCAGCAACCUGGUCAUUCUGUCCGGCCAAGUGGUUGAACAUUUUGACCUGGAGUUCCGAAUCCUGUACGCACAGUCGAAGCCCAUCAGCUCCAAACUCCUGUCCAGCUUCCGGAUCAGCGGUAGGUUUGACCAUCUCAUCGACCAGAAACCACUGUGCAAGGAGCCCACGCUGGGCAACCUGCUGCGGCUACGGCUGGCCAGGCUCUCGAGCAGCCCCAGGAAGGCUGAGCCGGGCUGUGAGGAGGGCCAGGCAGAGGCCGGGUGCGAGGACUCUGAGGCCUCCACCAUCAGUGAGGAGGGCUGCUUCAGCAGCCGCAGAGAUAGGCAGGAGGGCGGGAGGGCGACCGAUGCCACCACUCAGACGGAGCCAGGAGAGGAGAUGCCCACCGUGAGCGUGAGCGACGUGGAGACACAAGCCAGCAUGGCCACGGCGUGCACUGGCACCCAGACUGACAUGGAUGAGAAUGUUCUCUUUCUGGGAACCCAGGCUAAAGAGGGGUCAGCAGUAUCAAAGAUGUCUGUGUCGCAAUCCUCCAGUGUGAGGUCUUCCACCUCUCUGUCCUCCCAAGGCUCUGCGGCCAGCUCCGUCGGCUCCCAGACUUCCCUCAGAGCCAAUGACGUCGUCACACCUGGACACCCCAAGUACUGGAGCACCCCCCACUUGGAUCUGUGCUCUAGGGACUCAUUCAGAAUGUUGAAUGAAGAGCGGCAGUUUCACUUUGCCGGAAUCAGGUCCCGGCUCAACCACGCGCUGGCCAUGCUUUCAAGGAGAACGUUCCUUACUGAAAACUACCUCAGUUUUAAUUCUGGAAGUUUUGCCAGAUCAUCAGCUAAUUUGCUGGCUGUUAGAGAAAUCACGCUUUAUCCCUCCUCUCAGUGACUGCUCCACACGUUCAGGGCGCCUGGCUUCCCCCGGGCUUGCAGUAGACAUCGUCGGAGCAUCCCGCUUUAUAGAAUGUCUCCUGUGCUAACUGCCUUUCUUUCACCCUGAUUUUCUUUGAAUUCUGUAAACCGCACAUUAUUUUACAUGCUUUAUUUUUAUUUUGUUCUUAUCAUGUAUAAGCCAGGUCUUGGUUUUAUGGUUUCAACACUAUGGGUACAGUUUCUUUGCACAAUUUUAAUACUGAUCUCUCUUCAAGAGAAUGUUUCAGGGUUCUCAGGUAAUUCAGAUAAGAGAUAAAAUAUGUGUUGCAGUUUUCUAGGUUUGUAAGCCCUAUUGUUUUCGAGGUUUGGAACGCUAGUUUUCAUGAUCAAAACCCUGUUUAGGAAAAAACUCAAAACUGUUUCUUGGGCUUCCCUGGUGGCGCAGUGGUUGGGAGUCCACCUGCCGAUGCAGGGGAUGUGGGUUCGUGCCCUGGUUCGGGAGGAUCCCACAUGCCGCGGAGCGGCUGGGCCCGUGAGCCAUGGCCGCUGAGCCUGCACGUCCGGAGCCUGUGCUCCGCAGCGGGAGAGGCCACAGCAGUGAGAGGCCCGCGUACCGCAAAAACAAAACAAAACAAAAAUACCCCACUCUAUUUCUUAAGUGUUUAUCUCUUCUUUAGGAUAUCUGUGUUCUUAGCAUUAAACAGAUGUAAACAACUCUUGUUUGGUGGUUGCUCAUGUCCCUUUUUUUGUUUUUUUCUUCUCUCUGGCACUUUUCUGUUUAACUGUAGGAGUGUCUUACAAGUAAAUGCACCUAAUAUUUA